AUGCUGCUCGAAAAGAUUGCUCAUCAGAACGUGUUUGAGAGACAGCUUAUCUACAAAAGGGAUCCCUACCCACCAGCGGAUUCUGGUCUUGUGGCCUUUCGAGUGGAUGGUGAGCGCUUCGAAGUGCUCGAACAGACGAUCCGCGCCAAAGGCGACACGUUGUUGGCCACGCUGCUGGAUGACCCGCAACACGAUGCCAUGCCGGAGAUCUGCGUGGAAGGGAACAAGCAACGCUUUCGAUACAUCCUCGACUGGUAUCGCUAUGGCUCCAUCCUGCUGCCGCACAGCAUCAGCCUCGCUGAGAUGCGACGGGACUGUGCUUUCUUCCAGCUGCCAGACGAUCUACCCAUCCAACGUGAACAACCCACGCUGAUGGAAAGUUUAUGUUGCGCGAACCGAUUCUACAGGACCUUGAAAGACAUCAAACAGGAGUGUGUUGAACGGCAGCAAUCGGCUCAGAACGAGGUGGCAGCCAUGACGCUGGUGCAAGAACUCCUGCAAAAGAUGCAAGAGUCCUUGGCCUUGGCGAAGGGCAACGAAGACGUCGUGCUUCGCAUUGACAAUCUCUUCGAUGACAAGAACGGGCUCUUCCAUGACACCAAAAUGGAAGCAGUUGUGACCGCUGCGACGGAGAUGCUACAAAAGCACGGCUACGUGGUGAAGGGCGAGGAGAAGAAGCACGGAAUUCGACGUUGCGCAUGGAUCUUCCGACUGACUCUCAAGGAGUCAACCUCCAUGUGCGACGACGAGGACGAAAGCAUCGAUCGUCUUGAUGAGCACUGGAACAGCACCCUUGGUUCGGAAAGCUAUGCCGAAAACAGGACCCUGCAAUCCUCCCGAGGGGCCCUCCAGGGGCCCGCCGUGCCGCAGAUCCCUGGGUCUUUGAGAAGUGGCCGCGUGGCGGUGCGCCUCUCAGAAGCUGGUCCUCGACUGCGCUUGCUGUUGAUCAAGGCAGAAGAGGGGGUAUGCACUGGUGGUGUGAUGUACCACCGCUUCCUGACGAAGACUCCCUCGCAACAGCAGGUGCUCCAAGAACGCGCACGACAGCGUCAAAAGCUCAAGGAACGCAAUGCUCGGCUGGAAGCCAAGGCCAAGGCCAAGGCGAAGCAGGGCAAGCGAAAGAGGGAGAAAGCAAAGGAUGAUGACGAUGAUGAAGAGAAGCCGGCGAGCACUGUUCCUAAGUAUCGCUUUGAGAAGGAUGUCUUCAAAGGCAUGAAUCGACUGGCGCAGGCCUUCGCCUGCUAUGUGACAGAUCGGUCACUCCAUGAGUUGAAGAGAGAGCAGACCUCUAAGGCGCACGGCGUUUUCGAUCGCAGCUUCAGUAAAGUUCUGCGAAAGACGCUCACAGUAGGGGGCCUGGCGGAACAUGUCAUGCGCUUUCUGCAGCAAGACAUGCCGCAGUUGGCCAAUAAGUUGGCGUCGCUUCACCCAGAUAAGAUGCCAGAGGACUUCAAGCCGAGCUCUGUCAAGUUGCUGAAGCAGCUUCACGAACAGAUUGAGGUCAAUGAGAGCUUUCCCGAGCCAGAUUGGAAUCCCAGGGAUGGCGAUUUCAGUCCAGAAGGAGUCAAGAAGCGAAAAGCCGCGGAAGCGCAGGACGAUGCGGAGACCAAGGAGAAGCCAAAGAAGGCCACACGCAGUCUCUCGGCCUUCUUCACCAAGACGACUCCGCAAAAGGAGAGUGGCCCGGCAAGACGCUUCCUGAGAUUUGAGCAACCUGUGGGGCGACCAUCAGCAUCCGGGGCGGCAGCAGGUUGCUGUAGGCUUUGGGCAUUGUGCUACCGCAAUGCGGGGGAACAAAAAGCCGUUCGUUUGCCGCUCUGGGGACGGGUGUGUGCU